UUGCAGAUGGUAGGAAUGGCAAUUUACAGUUUCCUUGUUGUUGCCUUUUAUACAUUCCUUGGUCUCUUCCUUGGGAACAGAAUUGCAGAAAUCACAGUCACCACAAUUUAUUCGUUCGUGGCACUUUCAGUUAUGUUAUUAUCUAUUAGGUGCACUGCCAUCGAUCCGACCGAUAAAACCAGCUUUAAAAAGAAGAAAAAAGCUAAAUCAAAUGGGCUUCAAAAGUUUAAUUAUUGGUUUAUCAUGAGUCAAAUAGUUGUGAGGUUUUUUAGAAGGCUGGAGAGGAAGAUUCUCAGGACUUUUAUAAGGAGAAAGUACCUGGAUCCAUUGAAGACCAGUGCUCAAAUGGAGCCAUUGCUCCCAUUUCCCCUCGUCCUGAAGGAUGAUUCAGUUGCCCCUGAUCUUAAAGAUGACGACAUCUCUUAUUGCUCACUCUGUGAUUUUGAGGUGAAGAAGCAUAGCAAGCAUUGUAGGACCUGCAACCGUUGUGUUGAAGGGUUUGACCACCAUUGCAGGUGGUUAAACAAUUGCGUUGGCAAAAGGAACUACACAACAUUCAUUCUUCUAAUGUUAUUUGUGUUGCUAAUGUUAAUCAUAGAAGGAGGAACUGCAAUUGCUAUAUUCAUUAGGUGCUUUGCAGAUAAGAAAGGGAUAGAGAGGGAGUUACAGAGGAAGCUAUAUGUAGAGUUCCCAAUAGGGGUUCUUGCAACAAUAUCGGGUUUGUUGGUUUUAAUGACAGCUUAUAGUUCAGCAGCCAUGGGACAACUUUUCCUCUUUCAUGUAGUUCUCAUACGCAAGGGAAUGAGAACAUAUGACUAUAUCCUGGCUAUGAAAGAGGAUCACCAAUCAAUGGAACUAGAUCCAUUUGAUGAUUCAGAUUUAUCUUCUGACUCUGAUUUUGACUCACCCGAAAAGCCAACAUUUGUUUCACGGUUUAUUUGCAGAGGACAUAGAGGAAAUCAGAACCCAACAAGGCUGUCCAUUAGGAUUGAUAGGGAUCCUGAGCCUUCCACCAUAAACAAGAAACAAGGAUUCUAUGUAAGUAUCAAUCCAUGGAAGCUGAUAAAGCUGAGCAAAGAGAAAGCUCUGCUAGCAGCUGAGAAGGCCAGAGAAAGACUUGUUAAGCAGAAGCCAAUGGUGCAACAAGAUUCAUUAAAACCACUGCCCUUGGAGACAAAACGUGGACCUUUGAUGAACUCAGACAAGAAUAUGACAAAUGUGGGAUCAGGCUCAACACCUCUUAUUUCCAAAGGGAGGGCCCCGGGAUCACCAGGAAGGUUUUCGAGUCCAAGACGACGAUUUUCAGGCUCUCCAGCCAUGUUUUCUGGCAUUGUUCCAUCGCCAAAACAGAAGUACAGAAGUAGUUUUGACUUGAAGUUGACAGAGGUUUCCAAGGAACUUGAAACCUACAUUUCAAGGCAGGUUUUAUGUUCUGUUAUUAAAAAGGAUGCAUGUGAGGCAUCUCCCAGAUAAAUAUUAUGCUUGAUUUUUUUUAAUUCUCAACCUUUGAGAAAAAUUCAUUGAUCGAUUUGAGUGUGUAAGGCCAAGUUUCUUUUUAGUCAAAUUUAAACCAACACUUGUAUGUUUGCCA